AUGAAAACCUGGGUCUGUGAUUCGGGGCAGAAACUGGAGAUUUUCAUCCCUUUUCUGGGCAAGUACCGUCCGUCCUUGGCGCGUUGCUGCCAGACCUGCACCCCGAGGAGCUGGGACUGUUUCCACGAGGAGCAGCUCUCCUCCCUCGGCUUCUGCGACGCCAUCCGGGUGACGGAGGAGGACACACGGUUCUGGGGCUGGCUGGUUCGAAGGAUCUGUGGUUUCCUCUCCGUCUGGGGCUGGAAGGUUCCCGCUGACACCCCCAGAGACCUCCCGGCGAGGAUCUGCCACAGCAAGAGGGUACAGGAUGUCGCUACUGGCCUGUCCCCUGGCUCCGGAGGGGAUGACGAAUCCCACUGGCGGUGGAAGGAGAAAGCGCUCGAGAUCCUGGCUGAAAUCCAGGCCCCGCUCUCCCUUCUCAUGCUGAGGCUGUGCAACUGGGCUCUGCUCAGGCUCCUGAACCGCCUCUUCCUCAACGUGCAGCUCCACCGGGGGCAGCUGGAGAUGGUGCUGAGGGCUGCCACCAUCCGGGAUGGUGCCGGCCCUGACGUCCUCCUGGUCCCCGUAGGCAUCGCCUACGACGUGGUCCCCACCGGUUUGCACCAGGAAGGACGCGGUGCUCAGCCCCUCGGCCUCGGCGCCUGCCUCUGGGCAGCAUGCCGGGCCGUGUUCCGAAACCUCGGCUGCGCCCGGGGGCUUCCAGCACCUCGCUCCCUCGCAGACGGCGUCGCCUGCUCCGCCGUCAUGGCUGUGGGGAUCACAUCCGCGCUGCUGCUGCACAAGCACCGGGAGGGCGUCUUCCUCUCCCAGCUGAUGCUGGAUUUCUCCUGGCUGCUGGAGGAGACCCUGCUGCGCCAGCACGACGUGGGCUUCUCGGGGCAGCUCCGCGCCCUGGUGCAGCACAGCCUCCUCCUGCUCAGAGCCCACCUCACCCUCUACCCCCCCUCCCCCAUCGGCGACGUCCUGGUGGUCCCCAAGGCCUCGGCGGAGGCCCUGCGGGAGCUGGGCCACUACAGCGCUGCCAUCCUGCCCGUCUUCACCAGCGAGGUGGUGGGAGGUGAGGAGCCAAGCCUGGGGCAAUCGGUGACGCCGGGGGAAUCGGUGCUGCCCUUCCUGGAGGUGACUGUCAGACCCUCCAGCAUCGCGCUCAGCCAGGACGAGCUGCAACACAAGAUCCUGGAGCUGCUCCGGCUGCUGCCCCCCAACCUGCUGGGGCUCCAGCCCUGCCAGCCCCUCGACUGCCAGAGCCAGGACAUCGUGGACAAACUCCUCCUCUGUGGGCUGCUGGAGGCUGAAGAGCCGGAGAGCAAGUGCUGGCGACAGCCCUGGACGUUGAUGGACUUCAGCGACACCGACAGCGACACCCCCAGUGAGGACGAGGUCCCCAAGCGCUGCUUCAAGGUACUCGGGGUGUCCCCUGAUGUACCCUACGCAGUGGGGUGA